ACCACUAAAGAAGAGGAAGUAGUAGAAAUAAAGGAAGGGAAAAAAGGGGCUAGAUUUUUUUCUUCCGCUACCGGUGGACUUUUGUCGGACCCAACCGCUCACAGCACAAAGAACAGAACAAAUAAGAGCAUUGGACAUCGAGGGAUCUGCUUACGGACCGACAAUGGCUGUGAACGUCUACUCCACCUCAGUGACCAGCGACAACUUGAGUCGCCACGAUAUGCUCGUGUGGAUCAACGACUCUCUGCAGAUGAACCUCACCAAGAUCGAGAUGUUGUGUUCGGGUGCUGCCUACUGUCAGUUCAUGGACAUGUUGUUCCCGGGCUCUCUGCCUUUGAAGAGAGUGAAAUUCGGCGCCAAACUGGAGCACGAAUACAUCCACAACUUCAAGCUCCUCCAGAUUGCCUUCAAAAAGAUGAGCAUCGACAAAAUCAUUCCAGUGGACAAGCUGGUGAAGGGCAAGUUCCAAGACAACUUUGAGUUUGUCCAGUGGUUCAAGAAGUUCUUCGACGCCAACUACUCCGAGAUCGGGUACGACCCGGUGGAGGCCAGGAAGGGCCAGGACUUGCCGCCUACGGCCAACGCCGCCACGUCUGCGCUUAACAAGACCCCGAAGAAGGCCAUCAAUCGCGCCGCUCAGAGGCCGCCAGUUGCCACGGUCGCUCCCAAGGUGGUGUCCGUCGCCGCCAGGAAGUCAGCGGGUGCCGCCGCCAACAAGGACGGGGCAGAGGUCCUCUCAGAACUGGAGGACCUGAGGUGUACCGUUCAGGACAUCGAGAAGGAGAGAGACUUUUACUUCGGGAAGCUGCGGAACAUUGAGCUGAUUUGCCAGGAGAACGAAGGUCAGGGCGAUCCCGCGCUGCAGAGGAUUGUGGAAAUCCUCUACGCCACAGAUGAGGGCUUCGAGAUCCCGGAUGCCGACGAGCCGGAGGAGUUUUAGCACCGGUAGACCGGAAGCAGUUUUUUCCCCCUGCCCCCCGUCAAACGUGGACGUCGUGAACGAUCCUCGGCGUCCUCGCUCGAGUCCUGCAUGAGCGGACCUCCGCUGCCGGCGCCGGACUCGCAACUCCUCUGGCAACAAAAAUUCUCUUCCUCCACGCCAGGAAGUAACUGAUGUUUGUAUCGCACUUGAGUGUAAGAAAAUGUUCUGCGUGUUUACUUGUAUGUACUGUACAUUUCUAAUAAUCCAAUCUCGACGACGUCCUCCGACGUUCCGACUCAGAACCGGGUUGCCCCAGUUGUUUUUCUGUCAUUUUCAUCCAGUUAGGCAGCCGCAGCCACCGUGUGCCUCUCUCCCUCCCUCCCUCUCUCCCUCUCUCUCUCCCUCUCCCUCUCCCUCUCCCCUUUUGACAUUCCCAACUGGUCCAGUUAUUUCGAAAGAAGCCACCUGUUUCACACCACGCCGGCCAUAUUUGAUUGAAUUUUUACUCUCAGCAAAUUCUGUUGUUCUUUUGGAAGCACCCUUCCCCUUUGGCAUAUGCGUGGGACUCUCGGUUUGGUCUACACUUGUACUCAAAAGUCAUAACGUGACGGAGUGAUUUCAUCUGAUCGCGAUGAGUCCGACCAGGUUCAGUGUUGUGUGGUCAUUGUACUACGUGUGUAAAGAUGUUUGUAUCUUUUGAGAUGAUUCUUCGGGUGCCCUCCAUUCAGCGAUUGGGUAAUGAAAAGGCGCAAAAGUUUUAAACGCUUGGAUCGGCCGGUCCUGCCAAAUCCUCGAGACAAGAAGCAGCCUCGUGCUUUGACGGCCUUUAACUGAGUGAAUGUUGCACACAAUCAGACGGUGCCUGCGUGUUCUUUUGCCUUCUACCUAAUAAACAGACUGUUUUGAAAUCAAUGUUUUUCCAUUCCAUGUUGUUGUUUUCUUGGAACGGGGAAACUGACUCAACAGUCUUAACUUGUUGCAUUGCGUGAUACUUGGCGAACCAAAGUAAAGUGAUCCCUUGUGUAUUCGCGGUUCACUAUUCACAAAUGUCCCAAAGCUAAUGGUGUCAAUUGGUGUCAAGGAAGUAUUGUUGACGUGAAGCUUAUCGCGGGUCCCACUCCUGCCCCCCUUUUUUUCAGUACUGUAUAUCUGAACUUGUUUAACCAGGAAACAUCUGAAUAUGAAGACAAAUAGUACUUAAGGUCCCAUACUUUACUGAACCAUUUUUUUUUCUAAAAUUUGGGAUGUAAUGUUGUCUAUGGUACUU